AUGACGAAAAUAACAGAUGCAGCAACGAGACAGGCAGUUCAAAGUGCCUAUGACGCCGUUAGAGCAACUGUUGUGAAAAGUCAAGAAAAAGAGUUACAACAGACCAAAACAGACCUAGUAAAUGCUUUCUUAAGAACGAAAAGUCAGGUAGGACAUUACGCUGCAGAUGGAACAUAUGUGCCAGCUGGUGGAACUUAUAUACCACCAAACCCUCCAAGAGAAGCACCUGCACCAGGACUACCUAGAACAUUUACAUCGUCACAUGGACACAGACACAGGCAUGCACCAAAACCAACACAACAACCACCUCCACAACCAGCACAACAACCACCUCCACAACCAACAGUUCAAAACACUGCACCACAACAACCACAACCAGAGCAAGGACAUAAAAGAAGUAGAGAACAAGGAAACCAAGAAUUCUUAAAAAUGCUUAAAGAAGAGUGUGGUUUCCCAGAUAGUAUUGACUUUAGUGACAGAUAUAAAGAAGCUAUUGGAAAGUUCAAGGAUGGAAAUACUGACCCGAACCUAUUUAGCUUUAUGGCUCAGCACCAAAACGGAUAUAAUCUCAAACCUGGAAAAUACAAGCUCGCUAAGGGAUAUGAUUUAAUAGCAUAUCAUCCAAAUGACAUGAACGAAUUUACUCCGAGAUAUUUGAUGUCAGAGCUAAAUGACAAUUCAACUUUCGUCAUGAAACGCGUAAAAAAUAGAGACGGAACGAAAGAACAAAAGCUUAUGAAUGCGGAUGACGUAGAUAGGGAAAUUGUUGAAAACGGUCUCGGAAUAUAUGAAAUGCCAGCAGAUGAGGUACAAGAAACUCCACAGGAAGAAGUUCAGAUACAACCAGACAUGGAAGAAAUAGUUCAGCAACAACAGCUAGAAGAGCCUGAAGGAAACGAACAA